GCUCCUUAUCAGUAUCGUGAGGACCCCCAGUAGGUUGUGUGUGACUUCUUCCAAAUGCCCCAAAGCUGAAGAAGAUAAUCAUUUUCCCGGUGAUUUUUCGCAAGUUUUUAUUCACAGCUUCUUCGAUGGAUAAGAUGAAACAGAUAAUCGUCGUACUGUUGAUGGUGACUGGAUGCACCAACGGAAAAGACCCUCCCGAAAAACACGCCAGUUGGACAGGAUUGGCCCUGCCGGAGAGUCACUACAAGAUCCUAAUGCUCCUGCCUGUCUCAACACCUAGUCACAGGGUUGUUUUCCUUUCACUGGCUAAGGGCUUGGCUGACCGAGGACACAAGGUUGUAAUGUUGACCAACAACAACAGCAGUGACGACCGUCUGGUCACAGAAAAUGUCUACGAAUUCUCGCACGGCGUUGAGGAACUUCAUCAGAUCAACGUUGAGGAUAACCUGGCAGAAAUGAAGUGGGGCGUCAAUGAUGAUCAUAAAGCCAGAAUGCUGGAGGUUUUUGACAGGGCUACGAACAAACUCUACGCCAAUGCUGAAAUCAACGAACUCUAUAGGAAGAGAAAACGAUUCGAUCUCAUCAUUCUUCAUGCGGAGCAUAAUGAGGUCAUAUUCCCAUUCGUCCAUGAGAUGCACUUCAUAACCAUUGCUCCUGAAGGACUGGACUAUCGUCAGAGUGCCCAACUGGGCAACCCUCUGAACCCAGCUUAUGUUCCUUUCGUCUAUUUGACCAUGGCCAGUCCCAUGGGUCUUCUACAAAGAGUUUGGAAUGCUUGGAACCAUCUGGCAUUCUCUCUAUACUGGGAUGCUUACCUGCCAGUACCAUCUUUCCAGAAAAUGUUGUUGAGCAAGUUCCCUAAUCUACCUCCUUUGUCAGACAUCGAAAAGAACCAGAGCCUAACACUGAGUAAUUCCCACUUCAGUAUUGGCACACCCAUUCCCCUACUUCCCUCCCAGGUGGAAAUAGCUGGAAUGCAGUGCUGCUCCAAGACAGGGCCUCUUCCACAUGACCUUCAAGAGUGGAUUGAUGAAUCUAGUAAUGCAGGAGUAAUCUAUAUCAAUUUAGGAUCCUUUGCUCCCAGUUCUUCCAUGAACAAUGACUAUUUGCCAAUACUCCUUGAAGCUUUUAGCAGAAUACGCCAGCGAGUCAUUUGGAGAUAUGAAGAUCUGCCCAGUUUGCCAAAGAAUGUGAUAACUAGACCUUGGUGUCCUCAGCAAGAUAUUUUGAGUCACUCAAAGAUCAAAGCAUUCUUGACCCAUGGAGGUCUCUUGAGUUUCCAAGAGGCUGUGUACCAUGGCAAGCCAAUUCUUGCCAUACCCUCUACUUUGGAGCAGACGAGGAACUCUAAGACAAUAGUGGAAAAAGGUGUUGGAAUCUCCAUUCCUAAGAAUGAACUGAUUUCUGCUGAUCAGAUUGUUGAUGGUAUUUUGGAUCUGUUGCAGGAUAAUAACAAGUACCAGAAAAACAUGGCCGAACUAUCAGCCAGCUUCAGAGACCAAAUUCACACACCCUUGGACAGAGCCAUCUUUUGGACAGAGUAUGCAAUUCGUAACCCAGGAGUUGCAGCCUUAAAGUCGCCUGCUGCUCAGCUCUCCUGGACAGAGUUUUUAUUACUGGACAUCAUAGCUAUAUUCUUGGUCAUUAUUUUUUUAAUUCCUUACUUAGUAAGUUUUAUAGUUAAGAGAUGUUUGGCAUUUGUUAUGAGGAAAUUGUUUAGAAGAGAAGAAUUGUUUAGUCUUCCCAUGAGUGCAAAACAAAAAAUGAAUUAGUGAUCAUUGAGGGAGAGGUAAAGGUGAAUAUUUAUGACUAUUCAUCUGGUAGUUAGUAUACUUUUUUUUUACCAAAUCUGCUUUUAUUUACCUCUGACCUGCAAAAGCAUUAUGUAUCAACAUACUAAUAUCUUAAUCUUCAAAUUACUACCUUUAUUGUGAUGUAAUAAGAAUCUUUUUAUUAUAGAAUUAAAAACAACCUUUUCUGCCACUUUGAAGUAUAAGAUUGGUAACUGGUAAGAAAAAAUUUAGCGUUGCUGAAUAGAUAAAUCAGUGUUUAAAAGAUUAUUUGGUUCUGUGAAAAAAUGAGAGACGACAAAAGGGUGGUGAAAAGCACAAGGUUCAGAAUCAUUAGGAGUAAGAGCAUGAAAAGACAUACAAAGUGCUGAAAGAGACUUUAAAAAGUAGGUCCUUAGUUUUCAUGAAGCGUGAAUAGCUGAGACUGGCAGAAUGCUGAUAAGCUUCUCUUGUACGUACAUAAGGCAGCUAAUGAUAUAGAUUCUGUCUGCAUAAGGGGUCUAUCUGUCAUUCAGCAGGUGAGACAUGAAUACAGUACUAACUGGUGGAUACAUCUUGGGGCUUCCAAAUGAAAUACUGAUAAAUCUUUUCAGGUUUACUAGAGAUUUGCAUAAUUCAUUUUCAUGAAUUACUAGCUGAUGCUUGCUAUCGCUCACAUACCCAUAUCUGUAUCAUACCCAUAUCUGUACCAUACCCAUAUCCAUUCCAUACUCAAACCCACAUCCAUACCAUACACAUAUCUAUACCCAUACCCAUACACAAUGCAAGGUCAUAUCUCAAAUGUCAAUUAAAAUGGGAAUAGUGCAGGGUGUCGUAGUGUAGGUCUUAGGCUACGAUUUGGUUACUCCCGUUUCAAGUCACCUUAGGCUACACGAUCCCUUGUGAUUUGGAAUGCUCUCGUAUUACUAAGUGAGGAGUAAUAAAAGUACCAUACCCAUACCAAUAUCUGUACCAUAUCCAUACCAUACCAUUCCCAUAUUCAUACCCAUGGCUAAAUUAACCAUACUAAUAAUAGCCAUGAAAAGUUCAUGGGACAGCAACACCAGCCCCAUUUAUCUUCCAGGGUGCAAUCAAACACACAAACGUUUCAGUUUUAGUGUUACCAUAUGCGGACCCCCGGAUGGGCUGGGGAUGUCAGAACCUGUCCUGCCUCGGAACCCAAAAACAGAGGUAGCCCUCAUUCAGGGAUUCAUAAGAGGGGUUUUCUUCAUUUAAAGCAUAAGAUUUGUUUGUAAUAUAUGUAAUGAAAACUAUAUUGUUAAGCAAUUACUCACAAAUUUACAUAAUAGUAUUCUCUUAUCAGCAGGACUCACUAGUAUACGGGUAUGGAUACAAGGUAAGGUUGUGUAGGCAGGACUCACUGGCAUACAGAUAUGGACCCAAGGUAAGGUUGUAUAGGCAGGACUCACUGGCACACAGAUAUGGACACUGGAUUUUAAGCAUUCCUUCUUCUUUCCACAUAUCUUUAACCCUGUCUUGCAGUAGGUAUCUUCCUCCAUUACUCUAGUUUUUGACUCCACUACCCCGCUGUUGGAGCUGUAUAUCACGAUGUCAUCAACAAACAGCAUGCACUAGGGGAUUGAUCUCUUAUUCCUUGAGAUAACACAGCCAUAAUCAGGUCAAAAAGAUAUAGACUUAAAGCAGAUCCCUGAUGUAAACCAAAUCUUACUGGUAUGUGUCCAUUCAGUUAACCCAACGCUGCUUCUAACCUGUGCAUCAUGCAGCACUAGAAGUGAUAAUUAGAGUAAGAAUGACUGAGAAUCAUGUUAAUUUCUUCUGUACAAUUAUAACAUAAAAUAUUUUGUGUACAGGUACCAUAUGUUACAUAUCAUGGAAGGCUUUAUGAGUGGCAUACUUACAUAUAUCUUUGAGAUUCAUCAAAUCAAAGUGUUAAAUCGGUUGGGUUUCACUCUUGGAUUAACUGGUUGAUUUCCGUGUAGUGUUGAUGAAACACCGAUUUUCCCCCGAUCUACCGGUAAUAAACUCUACGGACGGAUAAUGAAACUAUUAAUGUCGAGAGAAACUGCAUUCUUCCAGGAGAUUGAAUUAUUGUCCGAAAUAAAUUUAAAUACUUUUUUUACAAUUAGUUGAUGUUUUUUUAUGCAAGAUUAGAUGGAAAUAAUUAGUACUACAUUAUUAUUACAUAAUAUAUUUGUAAAUGACUGUAUAAGAGAUUCAACUGUAAUACUCUUAGAAAACGUUCAGUUUUCUGUCAGUGACAGAAAGGGAAUCUUCUUGUUAUUUAUGUGUAUGACUACUUAUAAUUAACUGUGCUAAUGAAAUUUUCUAUGGCAUGGACUUUAACUUUGAGGACACAUAUCCAUUGUACCUCAAGACUAAAAGGCUGCACAGCUUCUCGUCUCGCACAUAUGUUGCAACGAGCAUAGAGUAACACAGGGUCUUCCAUAACCUCUUAUGAUUUCAGUGAUUUCAUGUAAUUCCAAUGGAAUGUGCUACAACAAUAUUUUGUUUAUUACGAGUCAGGUUUGGAGCAAUUGAAAUGUAAUUAAUUACACGUAGCCUAUUCAAGGUAAUUGUAUAUUUCUACUUUACAGUAAUUGUAAUUCAAACUAAAAAAAAAUCAAACUGUUGUAAUUGUAAUGUUAUUGAAUUUAAUGAGUUACAUGGUUGUAAAGUAAUUGUAAGCUAUUUGAUAUUGUUUCCAUUCAUGGAAUUGCAAUUGUAAAUUGAUGAUAAGACAUGUGAUUACAUUAUAACUGACAUGAACCACAUGUAAUUCCUCCAAGCCUGUUCCCAGUGGCGUAACUACCAUUCCAUCAGUAAAGAAUCCAGGAGGAACCAAGCUACAUUAUGGGGUGGGGGGCUCCAAAGAAAUUCGCAUAAAACUAGGAUAUAAAAUCUGGAAUUAGUAAAAUGUAUUUAUACCCUGAUAUAUGAAGAAGAAUAAUAA